UAUACAUACACAUAAUAGAAUAUUAUUAAAAGGUUUAGUUUAGUUUUAGGAUGCAAAUAAUACAAACAUUAAAAGCACAAAGAUGAAACAAAUGUCCAGACUCUGAGAGGUCAAUUUCUACAUGUUCUAUGGCCAAGAUAAGAUGAUGAUUAAUUUUUUCCCUAUUUUCCAUGAAAAAGGGAAAAAGAGAGAAAGAGAAAUGUGUAUAGAGAUAACAUUCCAUCAUAUGAGUGUUGCACAUGCACGCAAUAAAUUCUAAAGUCAGAAGAAGCCAGCUUAGUUCAGAAUGGCAGUCGUUGUUAAUUUACUUGACAGACCAAAACCAACUUCAAAACACACACACAACACAAACAUAACAGGUAGAUAGAUCUGAGAGAGACAGUUUUUGAAGAAGCGAAUUGUUGUAAGAAUGAGGAUCUCUUACUCUAUUGAAGGGAACAUCUUUUGUGAAUCCUUAGGGGGAUGAAUCCUAAUCAAUGAUACUCGUUUUACUCUUAUAAUGGACCCUCCAAUAUUGACACUUCUCCAUCUAUGUACCCUUCCUAGAGACAAUAACCCUUUCACCAUCCCUAUCUCAAUCUUGUGAACCACAUUCUUCCCCGCCUUCUUUAACUGAACUAUCACUUAUACGCUUUUGAUCAGUAAAAACUAAGCUACCUAAUUAUACUGCAAAUGCUCAUCAUACAAACAUCAUUGCAAGGUUCUACAUUAGUCCAUGUGUAGAUAGAUAGUUCAAGAAGUCACCUGAGCUAGAGCCUUGAGCUGUUUAAAAACCAACAUAGCUCUAGGAAAAGUCAAGAGAUCUGGAUUUCUGCAGAUCAAACUGAAAGUACCCAUGCAUGAAUCAUUAACCAAGAUCAUCACUAUCUCCAAGAAGAUUUAGACCCAUCCCUGGACCCUGUUCCUUUCAGAUCUUAUCUUCUCUCUAUCUCUGUUUAUCUUGUCUUGUGGGGUCUUAAUCCCCCGUGAACUUGAAGAACUCUGACACCAGAUGUGAGCUAGGGAAAUAAAAAGAGCAUUUUUUUAAUCACAUCAAACCAUAGAGACGUAUGUUCGUACAGUUUCAGUAUUUCAACUCUAUCAACAAAAGUAACAGAACCGCACGGUUGUAUAAAGUACUGUAUCAUUUAAAAGUUGCCCAUCUCACCCUCUUUGGCUAACUGUCAUGUCCCAACAUUUAUAAGGAGCUCUGAUAUUUCUACUUCCGCAUAUAUAUAUAGACUUGUCCUUCACCUUGUACUAUUCAUUCAAAAACACAUUCUUCUAUCAAAAGUUCAAAACAUUCUAUCUAUUUACACUACAUAUUAAUCUUCUCCUCCUACUAAAAUGAAGAGCAAGUUCAUUAAGUCCUGCGAAAAGAAACUGAAAAAGAUGACAACCAAAGUCAUAAUACCUUGUGCGUCUUGCGAGGCAUGCUACGAUAGAAUUUGCUGGGCAUUCAAGAAGGAAGCUGAGGUGAUACCAAGAGAUGUCCCUAAGGGACACUUGGUUGUCUAUGUGGGUGAAGAGUACAAGAGGUUUGUGAUAAAGAUCAACUUGCUUAAACACCCACUCUUCCAAGCAUUGCUGGAUCAAGCACAAGAUGCUUACGGUUUCAGUGCUGACUCCAGACUAUGGAUUCCAUGCAAUGAGAGUACUUUCCUCGAUGUUGUCCGUUGCGCUGGUGCUCCCCAGCAUCAGAAUAACUGCAUAUGUAUCUAGGAAGGUUCUUGUACAGGGAAUUCAAGACAUUCAUUGAUUUAUCCGGCUCCACGUUUACAAAAAGAAUGUUGUUCAAUGCUAAGCUAUCGGGGUACACUAAUAAUAUAAGACUUUUUGUAUUAAAUGUGUCUUUCAAUUCAGCGGGAAAUGUAUUAAAGUUAUGAUUAAAGUUAUGUA